UGGCAACUUAAAAAAACUGUAUAAGCCAUUUUCUAGCUGUUUUAUUUAGUAACUUUCACUUUAAAUGUUUGCCCUUUUUAAAUGGGUAAUCAGUCUAAUAUUGUAUUCAUUCAACUGAGAAGGAAAAGUAGGCUAUUCGCCAGGUCACAGUGGCGGCUCGGGGAACUGCAUGAUAUGGAAAAAGGGGGAGGGAGGAAGUUCUCCAAAACUUUUUUCUCCUCAAAGGAUUCUGGAAAAGCUCCGUUACAUUUCCAGGGGAAGGGGAUACGAGGAGAAGAAAAACAACGCUGGGAAAAUAAAGGCAGAUAACGGUGUGAAAAAGUUAAUGACUUCUUCUGUUUUUGUCUCUUUACAUGAAAGCCGUGGAAAAAGGACACGCGUGUUUUUGCUUUUGUUCCGUGCAUUUUGUUCCUUCCCAGAUUGUGAGGACUUACACCAUCAGAGGCGAUGAGAUGUGAGUGAGCUAUGCCUUGUGGAAAUGGACAGACUUUAUCCAAGCGAAAACAUGGCGUCUGCCUCCCGAGGUUUAGUUUCUUUUCCAGUCUGCUUGUGGCGCUCUGCUGCUUGGAAGUAUGGGGCUCCGCGGCGCAGGCGGACGGCGGCAAGAGCUGCAGUCCCUGUCCCGUUAACUGCAGCUGUACGGGGCCCCAGCAGUCCUGCGUCGUCAACUGCUCCAACAUCGGGUUGGAAAGGGCCCCUGCGGCGGAAGAGAUCCCGCUGGCCACCAAUGUGUUAGAUCUGUCCAAGAACCACAUCUCCUCCCUUGAUACCAGUCUGCUACAUCAGCUCACCGGCCUCCAAGAACUACAUCUUCAAGGGAACAGGAUCAAUGUUCUCCCCAGAGGACUGUUCUGCUGUGGCCUGCUGUCAGUCCUUGAUUUGAGCAACAACCAAAUCACCACCAUUGAAGAAAGGAUAUGUGACGACCUAUGUAAUCUAACUCAGAUUGAUCUAAGCAGUAACCCCUUUGAGUGUGACUGUAAGCUGUUCCGGUUUGUCAGCUGUCUUCAGCAAAAAGGCGUGCAAGUUCGACGCUCAAAUGAAUUGCGCUGCAGACACCCCCUUGACCUCCAAGAUCGGCCUUUACUCAGUGUCAGACUGCCCACCUGUGAUAUGAAAACAAAUACAGGUCUGUAUGCUGCGUGCCUUGAGGAUAAGAACAGUGGAGGACUGGGACGAAGCGAACUUGUUAUCUUCUCCUACUCCACAUUCCGAAACUUGACACGGGAACAGUGUCACAGUGUGUGUUUCAAUGAAUCGCAUCGGUAUGGGGGCUUAGGAGAGAAGCACGAAUGCCUCUGCAGUAAAAACUCGGACCCCAACUAUAUCAGCACGUCUCAGUGUUCUGCUGCCUGUACGAACCCCGAUGUGAUGAAGAAAUGUGGGUGGGCUCUGGCUCGCGAAGUCUUUGUGGUGGAGUUCUCGGUCUCGCUGACUCCUCUCCAGCUGCAAAGCGUUCACAACCACAUCACUUUCACCGCCAACUCCUCUGUCACACCUGUGACGCUGUCCUGGGACUUUGGUGACCUUUCACCCCGUGCCAACACCACAGGAACCGUUAGCACCACAUCAGCUCACAAAUACGGACUUCCUGGAUCUUAUAUAGUCAGUCUGACGGCCUGGGCGGGACAUAAGAAGGUGUCUGCACGUGGGGAGGUGACUGUAACGCUUCCUCCCAAACUAGAGCUGCACUGUCCACCUCUUGUUGUGGCCAAUAGGAGUCUGGAGCUCACACUUGUCAGCUGGGGCUCGGUUGGCUUGAAUGUAGACUGGAAGAUUACGAAAGAUGAUGUCCAAGUUGCCAAAGCCUCUCCUUUCUGUCCAGUAGAUGCGACGCACGAUCACGAGUCCUCAAGCUGUUUCCAGAUCCUUCCAGGAGAGCUGAGCUGGACUGAUGCUCGAAAACAGUGUUUGAACCGCGGUGGGGAUCUGGCAAUAGUCAGGAGUGACAAGCUGCGUAACCUGCUGGCAACCAAAGUCACACAGGAGCGAGGUGUGUGGCUGGGCCUGAGUGAUAUAGACACCCCUGGCAAGCUGCACUGGGUGAACGGAUCAGAGAUGCAGGAGGGAGAGGAGAUACUUCAUCCUCGUUUGACGAGCUCUCGUGGCAAUGUGUGUGUCUUCCUUGAAGCACGCGGUCAGACCAGUACAUACCAAUGCAAUGCCAAGCGGCCGUAUAUGUGCCAGUACACUGCCGAAGUCCGUGUUCCAGAUGCCGGGAUCUACAUGGUUGGCAUGGCUGUGUUUCCUUCCCAUAAUCCUUUCCACAGUGCUUCACCCACACUCCACUCUGUUUCACAACCUCCCAGCAGUGUCAUUGAGAUGCUGUUGUUCCCUGCACUGAGCUUUGUUCAGGCAGGUCGCCUGUCCUCCCUGGAAUUUGCCACUCAGGACCUCAGCUCACAAGUCCACGUCCGAUUUCAGAUAUACAGACCUCACUGUCAUUAUCACGGCACACACCUGCUGCUCCCCAGUUGUGGAGGCCCAGCAUGUGCCCCGGUAGCUCUUUGUGUCUCAACUGACACCAAGAGCAGUGAUCCAUCCUCUUGCCCCCGACUACAGCAGUGGUGUCCCUUCCAGGGUCGGUGCCUGCCCCUCUCUAGUCCCUGCCCACCAUCUUCCUGUCCUAACUGCACCCAUGUUCAGCACCUGACAGCUGGGACAUUUAGGCCCCGAUACAUCCUACAGGACGAGGUGGUUUUCACUCUGCCGGCAGGAUCAGCUUUACAUGUGCUGUUAAAAGACCAAUUGGAGGACAUUUUGGUUUCACGUGGUGAUGUGAUCGCUCUGCAGCAUGAUGCUGGUCCGUCCUCCCUGCUUCACUGCCAGUCUUCCCCACAGUCACCAUGGCGACAACCUGUUUUAGGUCUUAAACGAUCAGACUGGUUCUGGAUCAAUAACACCAGACUCCCAGCAGACAGUUCACCUGAACAUGACACUGACCUUCUGCCUGACCCGGAGCUCGACAUAGAGACACUGGUGAAGAGUGGCGAGGCAGGCUGGCUGGAGGAAAUGGUUUGCCCUGUCAGAGUGCUCUAUAUGGAACAGAGUACGACUCAGCUGCAGGGAUCACAGCUGUCUGCUGGGCUUCCUCAACCUGGAAACUACAGCCUGCUGGUAACUUCUGUUGAACCGUCAUACUCAGUCUCUGCAUCGUGCCCAUUGCGGGUGGUGGCUCCAUUGGGCCUGACAAUCCUCCAUCCCCCUGUGCAGAAUGGCACCCUCUACAUGCAGUCCGAUGACACCCGGCUUCUACUCCGUGUGCAGUCUUGCGAGCCAACAACGGUAUCUUGGCGUGGCAGUAAUCAUAGUGCCACUUUCCAGUUUGAAUGUCCCCUGGAUUUUUUGUCCAAUCCAGCACUCUGUCAGCUGGGGCCAAACCCAGGGUCUGGGGGUGUGGUUGCAGAGCCCAGCCAGUUUGCAGUGCUGGAUCUGAGUCUGAAAAUGGAGGAACACAAGGAUCCAGUGCAGGUGGAGCUGGAAGCCCACAAUAAUGUAAUAGAGGCCAGCCUGAAAGUGAUUGUUCACCUGGAAAAGCCACUGAGAGGAUUGGUGGUACAGCCGCAUCCUGCACGCAGGGUACUGAUGGAGUCAGUUGUGAGCUACACAGCAUCAGUGCUUGAAGGCUCCAACCCCACAUUUAAAUGGACAGUGGAUGACAAGCCCUACUUCACUUAUUACAACACUGUCCUCAAUGUCAUCUACCAGAAUGCUGCUGUCUACAAACUUACAGUGACAGCCUUGAACCAUGUCAGCACGCUCACAGACCAUUUCAACGUAACCGUAGACCGGCUCCAGCCCAUGGUCAACCUCACAGUCAGGGGAGUGCCAAAUGUGGUCCCCCAGGGCUCCACUCAGACUCUUACUGCCUCGGUGCUCAUGGAUAUGUCCGUUUCUGCCACUUUCCGAUGGUCUUUUGGUGAUGGAGGAUAUAAGGAAUUUGAAUACAAGCCUCCUUACUCUUCCUCCCUCUUUUGUCAAGACUCACCUAAUCAAGUCCUCCUAAGCAACAAUAUUACCUAUAUUUACUCUCAGCCAGGAAUAUACACCGCACUGGUGUCAGUUUCCAAUCGUUAUGAGAACAUCACUAAAAGCAUCAACAUGAGCGUCUACAGCAUCCUCACUCAUGUUAAUAUACAGACGGAGCCAGCACUUCUCCUCGCUGGCAAAUCAGCUUUUUUUGAGGCUCACCCUUUGCCCACACCGUAUGGAAUUCACUAUGAGUGGCACUUUGGAGAUGGCUCUGUCACUCAAAUGGGUCGCCGUGUGCCGCACACCUUUACAGACUCGGGCAACUUCACUGUUUGUGUUUCAGUAAACAACACCAUCAGCUCUAAUAGUGCUUGUGCUGAGAUGUUUGUCUAUAAGGAGAUUGAAGAUCUAACAGCUAAAAGCACUUCUCCCACAGAGCUUCACAGUCCUACAAAGGUGUGGGCACACCUUCGUUCGGGUAACAACAUCACAUGGACAUUCUCAAUGGGUGAUGGGAAAAUUUAUACCCAAUCUGAGCCUAACGUGUCACAUACCUAUGCGAAAGAUGGUAACUAUACAGUAAAUGUGACUGCUAUGAAUGCUGUAAGCUCUGGAUGGACAAUCCUUCCAGUUCAGGUGUUUGUCUUCCAAGUUAUAAGAAUGGAGCCCUCCGGAUGUGUCCGAGAGCAGACCACUGUCAACUUUCAAGCCUGGGUGUCUGGUAACGCAUCAGCUCACCUUUAUGAAUGGAGCUUUGGGGACGGAAGUCCCACCGAGACACACCGUGGCAACCCCAGAGUCUCUCACACUUAUUUGGCAAGUGGGAAUUACCACCUUUCCUUGCUCCUUUCCACCGGUGCCAACAAGACCACCAAGGCCAAUUUCUUUACCUGGGUAUGUGUGCAGCCAGCUUUGAAAAACAUCAGCCUUACCCCUGAGAUAUCCCAUUACGCUGUGGGAGAAGAAAUACAAUUCUGGGUUAGAGCUGAGCCUCAAUUUAACUACAGUUAUCAGUGGGACUUUGGUAGAGAAGAAGACCCUGUGCUCAUUCAUGGUUCAGGGAGUAUGGUGACAGCAUUUAAGAACCCAGGUCUCUACAUGGUGACGGUAAAUGUUUUCAAUAACAUCUCCAGCAGUAACGCUAGUGCUGUCAUUGAGGUUCUGAUGCCCAUUGGACCAAUUGUCAUUCAGCAUAAUGGCACUAAGUACAAUAAUUUGACACUUGGAGCACCAUACACUUUUAUCAGUUCUUCAUUGGCCUCCAAUGUCACUUACACCUGGAACUUUGGAGAUGGAAAUGAGGUUACAGGACAGAAUGUCCUGCAUACCUACAACAUCUCUGGAAAAUACAAUAUCACGUUGAAAGCAGCCAACACAGUUAGUCAGAAUUAUACUACUUUAACAGUUAUUGUGAUUGCACCAAUCAGUGGGUUGAGAGUCAAUGCAAGCUUGGUAAAAGUCCCUCUCAACGCCUCAGUCACCUUUGAAGCCCAAAUGGAGGAGGGCGAUCGGUCAAGUGUGCGGUACUCUUGGAUACUGUGUGACCACUGUACCUCAAUCCCAGGGACCUACACUAUGUAUUACACCUUUCGUUCAGUUGGGACUUUCAACAUCAUUGUGACAGCAGAGAAUGAUGUAGGAACAGCACAAGCAAAUAUCUUCCUGUUUGUUCAACGUGAGUUGGAGGGGCUGCAGAUUUUGGCAGAGGAGACUGGGGGAGAGGGAAGCAUCAGACUGGAUGGUUGUUGCUUCUCUACAAACCGUGGUCUCCAACUUCAAGCUGGAUUAAAGGAAGGCACCAACAUGACCUUUACUUGGAACAUCAUCAGAGAGCAAGACCCUGACAGCUCAUUCAACAAAACUGGGAAAACAGUUCAACUGAAUUUUCCCAAGCCUGGUCCUUGUAUCAUCCUACUCUGGGCUGCCAACCUUCUGGGCCAGCUGUCUGUCAACAGAACCAUCCGCUUCCUGGAACCAGCUGGAGAUGUGCACCUUCAGAUCAGCAAAAACCCAGUGGCAGUCAAUGUUUCAGUAAAUCUCACAGUACUGACUACAGAAGGCUCAGACCUACAGUUUCGUUGGUCUGUAGAUGGGAAUGCUCUGCAGGGGAAUAUUCCCUGGAAGACCCACACCUUCAACACUAUUGGGGAAAAACAAGUAACUGUGGAGGUCUUUAAUGAAGUUGGCUCAAGGACUGUGUCAAAGCUUGUCAGUGUCCAGGAAGUAAUUUCUGGCCUAAACUUCUCGGUCACUAAUGGGACUCAGGACAGUUACAUAGCAACGGGUGACAGCAUCUUUCUACAGGGGAAGGUAGUGACAGGAACCAAUGUGACAUGGACAUGGCUGCUGGAUGGAAAAACAGAAACGGGAAAGAAAACAUCUGUAAUUUUUCAGGAGCCAAAGAUAGCCAAUGUUACUUUGAAUGCCACCAAUGGUGUCAGCUCGCAAGUGUUUUCAAAGGAAUUCUUUGUUCAGGAAAAGAUUGAUAAGUUGGACUUUAAGGCAAGUAAGAAUUUUGUAGCAGUGAAUGAAGAGGUGGACUUCAUUAUUUCCAUGGCAGCAGGUUCGGACGUUGAACUGAUUCUCAGCAUCAGCGGCGAUGCAACUGUUUACGCUAAGCCUAAUGAGAUCUACAGCCACGUAUUCAACAGGGUGGGAACAUACAAUGCGAACCUCACUGCUCACAACCAGGUCAGUUCUAAGAGAAUCAAUCUCCAUGUUGAGGUGAUGGAGCUGGUGCGUGGGCUCUCCAUUGAAGGAAUCUCAGAUGCAAUCGCAGUUGGUGAAAAUAAAAUGUUUGUGGCCAAAAUAUUGGCGGGCAGUUCUGUUAGUUAUCUGUGGACUUUUGAUCUGCACCAUCACAAGUCAACACAUAUCGGCAAAGAGGCAUACUACACUCCAGAAGAACCAGGUAAUUUGACCAUUCACCUGAAGGUUUUCAACAAUCUGCAAGGUCAGGAAGUCACCAAGUGGAUAUUGGUACAGAAUGUGCUGAAGUCUGCAGUUCUGAACGCUGUGCCACGUGAUACUCUCAUUAAUAAGACGGUGAAAUUUAGAGCCUAUAUCCUCCCCGUAUCUAAUCCUGUGGUGUGCUUGUGGCACUUUGGCGAUGGCUCUGCUUCCGUUCGCACAAACACCACAACUGUGGGCUAUGAGUACAGACACAAAGGACACUAUCUGGUUCAAGUAAACUGCAGUAACAUGGUGAGCUGGGUGUUGGCGCAGGUGGAAGUAAACAUCAGUGUGUUAGAGUGUGAGGAGCCAGAAGUCCAUGUGGUUCAAGCUCCACGCUUGUCCAUCUGGCGCUCCCAACCCGCUCUGGUAGAGGCCAAUGUGGAUCUGAAAGGCUGCAUACGCUACGGAGCUCAGUACCUCUGGCAGAUAUUCUCAGGAUCCUCUUGCGAUAGUGAAAUCAUGAAGGACCAAUCAGUGACCCUCGGGGCUACGAUUCGUCUGGCUGUGGAGGUGGACAUGCGGCGGCUGCAGCUGUCGUUGCCUAAGAUGGCUUUGGCAGCAGGGAACUACACAUUAGUGUUUUCUCUGUCGUAUGAAGGUGUGCCGCUGAGGAAGGCUGCCUGUCUGCAUUUAAGCAUCGUCUCUACUAGGCUGGUGCCAAUUAUAGAAGGAGGCACCUACAGGGUGUGGUCAAGAACACAAGACCUGCAGCUCAGUGCAGAAAAGUCUUAUGACCCCAACAUGGACCAAAGCAGACAAUCACUACUCCACUACCACUGGGAAUGUCAAAAUACCUCAAAGGGUCCAGAGCACUGCUCCACCCUGAACUUUGGCCUGGGCUCCAGCGGCCCUGUGCUGGGGAUCUCUGGCUCAGAGCUGGAGGCUGAGGUUGAAUACACUUUCAAACUGACCAUAAGCAAAGAUGGCCUGGCACCAGAGUCCACCACACAGACUGUGCUCGUCCAAAGCGGCCACAUUCCCAUUGUGUAUCUCGAGUGUGUGUCCUGUAAGGCCCAGUCGAUUUACGAGGUCAGCCAGAACUCGUAUGUCUACCUCCGAGGAACCUGCACCAACUGCCACGGCGUUCUUCGUGUGCGCUGGAGUGCCAUGACGCUAAAGAAUGAGACUCUGGUCCUGGACUCCUCCUCCACCACGACAGGAAGCGACGGUAUGAAUCUGGUGCUACGGCAGGGGGUCCUGCGGCAUAAUGAUUCCUAUGUCUUCACCCUGCAUGUGACUGACAGCAGCUUAAAUGGCGAGGGCGCUGCUUCUAUCACACUGCAUCACAACAAGGCCCCGGCAGGUGGGGAAUGUCACCUGAGAGCUGGAGGGGAGGCAGGAGUGGCCUACGCGGAUCUAGAUGGUGAAGGCAGGAGGAUACGCACACUGCUGGACCGCGUACACUUCAACUGCUCUGGUUACAGUGAUCUGGGGGACUCUGAAACUACAUUGCUGUACAGUCUGCUAGUGACACGCUGCAAAGAAGAAUACUGUGAGGACUUUUGCGUGUACAAAGGGAGCAGUCCAGAGCACUCGGCCUUCCUGCCUCCAGGUUUCAGCAUAGCCCAACAUCAUGUAUACGUGUACAUCACAGUGGAGGACCACCAGGGAGCUGCCAUCAUGCCACUUAACAAGACCAUUGAGGUUGUACUGCCAGAUCCACCUCCUGAAUACAGCAGUCUUCCCCAUUGGCUUUCCAAUCUGACAGACAGCAAACUCAAGAAGCUGCUGGAGCAGGGAGAUUCCCAGAGGGUCAGAGAGUUAUCAUUGGCUCUUAUUACAGUCCUAAAUGAGUACGAGCAGACCAGUCGGUCGUCACGCGUAUCCCGAGAUGAGCGCAAUUAUAGAGUCAGAGUCCGCAGCAACAUCACAAGAGCUCUGACUGCUCUGGAUCUGACAACUGUGAGCGAUAUCCAGCAGACCUCCGCUGCUCUCGCACAGUGCACGGCGGUAAGUCGAGAGUUCAUCUGUGAGGAGUGUCAGAACAGCACUCUGAACAAGCUGGAGUCCAUGCUGGACAUUCUGCAGACAGACACCAAGCAGGGCGUCGUCACUCCAACUGAAAUAGCUGACAACAUCCUGAACAUCAUGGGUGAUCUGAUCCAUCAAGUCAGUCAGUCAGCUUCCUACUCGUACCUCCAGGCUGCUUAUUUGGAUUCCUCCUCACCCCCGUCCAUCUCAACCCCUUCUUCCUCUGGUGAAGAGUAUGGAAACGCCGUGUUAGACACACUGGAGCCACACCCUCUGCGUGUGGCAGCAAAGGCUUACAGUCUGUCCUCGGUGCUCAUGUUGAUCCUCAUGCACGGCCGCGUACUCAACGAGGAGCCACUCGUUCUGAGGGGAGCUGAGAUAGCAGCCACGGGAAAACUGGCAGACCCCCAGAGUCUCCUCUGCUACCAUGGCAACAACAGCCCAGAGUGCCAGCUGUUCUCCAUCCCCCGAGCUUUCAACAAACGUCUGGGCAGAGCUGCUGCUGGAAAAAGCAUCAUGCAGCUACUUUUUCAGGUGGAGUCCAACCCAUUCCCCUUCAACUAUGUGGCCAACUACACCAUCUCUACCGAGGUGGCAUCCAUGGAGUUUCGCACUGAAAAUGGAACCCAGAUCCCAAUCUCUGGUCUUGAUGAUAGUCUGGCCAUCACAGUUGCCAUUAACAAUAGUAGCAUUGGAGAAGUGGGUUCUGAAGGUUCUGGUACUGGAGGAGUACCCACAGCGGGGGCUGUUAACAUCAGCCACUGUGACUCUGUCAUCGUUAGGGUCAGCGCAGGAAACGGCAACAGACAGGCAGGGCUGUUUGUGCAGCUCAACUUCACCAUCCAAGAUGUAAAAGAAAAGUAUGAAAGAGAAAAGAAUGACAAAGAGGAGCCAUUCAUCACCGCCUACCUCCAUUCCCACGAACAACCCAAUGAGUUCAACUGCACAGACAGAAAACGUAUCACUCUCAAUAUGACCAGAGGGCAAGAUCUCGACCACAGGGACUACACCUUCUUCCUGUCACCAGAGACCUACGACACCACUCUGGACUACUUUAUCAACGUGAGUACGCCCUGCAGCUCUGACUCUCUGCCCGUGGAUGUUCGUCUGGAGGUCGGGGUGUUUGCUUCUCUGUGUCAGUACUUCAGUGAGAGUGAAAAGCAGUGGCGGACAGAUGGCAUGGUGCCAUUAGCAGAGACCAACUCCAGCAGAGCGGUUUGCCGUACCAAGCACCUCACAUCCUUUGCCGCAGGCCUGUUUGUGCCAACCAAUGCCAUCAGCUUUAAAGUGCCAGAGCGUUCAGGAGCACCAAGCCUGGUCGUGCUGUUGGUGUGUCUAUUGGGCUUAAUAUGCUAUGUUGUAGCGGCGGCUAUCUUACACAAGUUGGACCAGCUGGAUCUACGGCGGGCUGGUGUGGUUCCACUCUGUGGCCGAGAUGGACUCUUUAAGUAUGAGGUCCAGGUGAAAACUGGCUGGAACCAAGGGGCAGGCACCACGGCUCACGUGGGAAUCAGUUUAUAUGGGCGUGAAGGCCGUAGCGGACAUCGCCAUCUCGACAGCAGAGGGGCUUUUGCCCGCAAUGCACUCGACAUCUUUCAUAUUGCUACAGACACCAGCUUGGGCAAUGUCUGGAAAAUACGUAUUUGGCAUGACAAUAAAGGUCUGUCUCCAGCAUGGAAGCUACAGUAUGUCUUGGUAAAAGACUUGCAGACAGGAAGCAGCUACUAUUUUCUGGUGGAAGACUGGCUGUCAGUGGACAACGAGAGAACUCAUGGACAGGUGGAUAUGGAGGUGGAGGCUUCAGAGGAGGCCGUGCUUCUUCAGCUGCCUCGCCUCCUGCGGUAUGAGCUGCAGAGGGCACUGUGUGAGAGUCACCUGUGGGUUUCGCUGUGGGAGAGGCCCACCCGGAGCCCCUUUACCCGCCUGCAGAGAGCCACGUGCUGUGCUUUGUUACUCCAGCUCUUCCUGUUGGCCAACACUCUGUGGUACAGCAUUGUGGUGGACAAGCGAUACGGCCCGAGGGCUGUGUCAAGGUCUUCAUCAUUAAACGGCGAGACAGUGGCAGCAGGUGUGGUCACCUGUCUGAUCGUCUACCCUUUCUACUUGCUUGUUUUCACGCUGUUCAGAAUGAGCCGCAGCAAGUGUGUGACCGUGGAGCAGGUGACACAACAAGUGGACCAGGAGUCAGUGGAGAUCGAUGACUUCCUGGACAACUCCAUGGCAGGAAGUUCCUUCCUCUUUUUUAAUGGCGAGACCAACUCAGAGGAGACCAACGUGGACUUGCCCACUCCAUCAACUAAAAGUGAGGAGAGCUGGGACAUGGUAGAGGAGGAGACGGAGGACAGAGACUGGCCAGAGCUGCUGAGUGACACUUCAGUGGUUGGAGGUGCUGGGCAUGGGGCAGGGAUGCCCAGGCUGAAGAGGGGUCAGGGCAGCAGGCACCUCGGUGUUGACAUGGCCUUUAACCCUGAUGAUGAAGAAGGCGCUGAGCAACGCAACAAAUAUUUCACCUCUUCAGAUGAAGAUCUGAUCAAGCACAUACUGGCAGACGGACAGAACUUCUUUCCUCAGGCAGAUGAAAGCGAGAUGGCUGACCUGUCGAGCAUUUUUGAGGAUAAGACUGAAGUGAUUCUCCUAACAAAGCUGAAUGACCCUCUUCUUCUGGAAUCUGUGAGGCGGGACCCACCAAAGACAGCCUUCACCUCAAACACAGUUGUAACAGACGUGUGUCGUCCAAGACGGUUUCCACCUUGGUGUGGACGUGCUGCCAUGUGGGGCAGCUGGGCAGGAAUCGCUCUGGCCAAUGGUGUUUCAGUUUGGGCUGGCUAUGGGUUCAGUCAGAAUGUUGCCAUGAUGUGGUUAAUCUCCUGCUUUGCUAGUUUCUUCUGCUCAUUUCUACUGUUGGAGCCAAUUAAGGUGCUGUGUGAAGCAGUUUACUACGCACUGUGUGUGCGCCGGCUGCGUCCCGAGGACCAGGAUGUGCUGGUGGAGUUCCCCAGGGUGGAGAGAGUGGUCCAGCGGGUACCGAGGGUGAGACCUCCACAGGGCUUUGCUCUGUCUCAGGCCCGACACCAGGCCCGCAAGGUCCACAUGCUGCACACGAUGCUGAAGAAUUUUCUGGUCUAUAUGUUUUUCCUGUUGGUCGUUUUGCUUCUCAACUAUUCCGACUCAGCCAAAGACACUCACAGCCUCAGGCUGCGCACUCAGCUGCAGCGAGCCCUACACACGCCCGAGUACCACAACAUCAGCAGCCGAGAUGAUGUUCUAGCGUGGCUGCAUGACUCCAUGUUGCCACGGCUCCUGGAUGAGUCUGCCCUCUUGAGAGACACAGGAAGCGUGUUACUCGGCACGCUGAGGCUCCGACAAAUCCGUGACGCACAGGCAGAUUCUCUUAGGUCAGAAAACACAUCAUCUUUUUGGGGAAAGAACGUGGUCAUAUCUCCAAGUAAAGAAGAGGAUAAUAGUACAGUUUUUGGUGCCAUGGAUUCAGAUUGGGUGUGGCGUUUGGGUCAGAUGGGGGUGUAUAACAGCAGAGAUGUGGUUCACCAGCUGAACAGAAGCCUGGAAGAAGCCUCCUCCUCCUUAAAGCAGCUGCAACAGCUGCACUGGCUCGACUCUAGGACCCGUGCUGUGUUUGUGGAAUUCUCUCUCUAUAACGUAAACACAAACCUGCUGGCUGUCUUUUCCUUCCUGUUUGAGUUCCCAGUCUCUGAGCGUGCCCAGUCCAGCUUUGACCUCAUUGUCAUCACACUGUGGCCAAUCACAGGCCUGGACCUGCAGCUUCUUCUAAUGAUCAUCCUCCUCGCCUUGGUGUUGUAUUUCCUCGUUCGGGGCAUAUUGGGCUUCCUCAGAGAAGGCUAUAGGUACCUGCUGUCAGCCUGGAGACUCCUGGGUAUCUGUAAACUGUCUCUAGCAGCGUCUGUAUUCGGAAUACACCUGUGCCGCUGCAUAAUAGCUAAACAGCAAUGGACAUCAUACCUGAAGCACCCUCGGGAUACAUUCACAGAUUUCUACCCCCUGGCCAAACAGACUCAGAUGUACACCGUCAUGUCUGCCUCGCUGUUGUUCAUACUGGUACUCAAGGCGUCCCACCAGUUGCGGUUUCUCCGUGAGUGGGCCGUAUUUGGCAGAGCUCUGCGGCGCUCAGUCUGGGAGCUGCUGGGAGCUGCUCUGGCGUUACUGCUGUUGGUGCUGGCUUACUCACACACGGGACACCUGCUCUUCCACUCUGUGUUGGACGGCUACAGCAAUGUGAUCUCAGCCAGUCUGUCCUUACUGGGUUCCGGUUGGUGUGGCUUGUUGUCGUGGCGUCCUGCCUGGAUAAUUACUGGUCCCAGCACUUUCUCUGCACUGCUGUUCCACAUAAGCUUUGCUAUAUUUCGCCUGGUGUUGCUGUGGUUGGUCACUUCUGUUUUACUGAGGAACUACCGGCGUGCACGGGCAGAACUAUACCGCCCAGCAGUGGAUCUCCAAGACUACGAGAUGGUCGAACUGUUCCUCAGAAGACUCAAAAUGUGGAUGGGACUCAGUCGGGCCAAAGAGUUUCGCCACAAGGUGCGUUUCGAAGGCAUGGAGCUCCCACCGUCCCGUUCAUCCUCCACCAGCGACUGUAAGUCCCUGUGCUUGCCUCCUCUGGACAGUCCAGACUCCCCACCUACCCCAGACAGUGUUGAUGCUGGCUCUGAGGCCUCGUGGCGUCCAGCGUCUUCCAGCCCCUGCAGCCUCACAGAAGCCCCGGGUAUUGGCCUGGGGCUUGGCCUGGGGCUUGGAUUGGGCAUUGGCCCAGGAGUGGUGGUGGGAGGUAACAGCUGGAGAGAGAGAGCAGAGACUGAAGCUUCUCUUAGAAGACUCCUCCCCACCCUGGAUGCUCUGCUGCAACAGCUUGACCGUGUCAAUACAACGACAGAGGAUCUGUACCACAUUGAGUGUAAACUGGAGCGAGCCCAGAGGAAAAGGAGGCGUAGAGGGAGGGAGAGGGAGAGAGACGAUGGAGUUCAGGGAGGUAGGAGCGAAGGGGGACAGAGAGGGGAAGGGGAAGCCUGGAAAGAACAAAAGCGUGGCAAGGAAAAGAACAAAGGGAGCAGGAAGGGGAAAAAGGUAGAUAAAAGUGAACUUCCAAAAGAAUGUGGGAGCAGUGCUGCCAUCCCCAAAAAGACUCCUGUAGCUACACCCGUUCCCUUUUUGAAGCCCCGACCCUCCUCUGCUUCUACAAACCCCCCUGUUCCCCAGUUGUCUGCCAAACCUUCAAUCAGUGUGCCUCCACCCACACCAGUCACAGAUAAGUCCUCCGAUUCUUCCUCUCUCCCCCUGUCAUCAGCAAACACAUCAUCUUCCCAAGUCCUGCCAUCAAAAACACCUACAGCUCUUCCAUCCACCCGUGCACCCACCCCUUCCCUGCCAUCUACGCCCAUUACACGCAACUGGGAUCUUCCUGCAGAGAGAGAGACCCUCCCUUCCUCAAGCCUGUUCAACCACCCAGCUCACACAACCACGAUCCCUACACGCAAACGGAAACGCAAACCCCCAUCCCUCAAAAACAAAGUGCACCCAACUUAGAUUGAUACGAGCAGAUAGAAUGAAAAGAAGUGAAAGGUGGAGAAAAAGGAUGUGCGCUUAAAAUGAUGGGUUAAGGACGAGAGGAGGCGCUCAUGGGCAGCAGGUUUUGUCUUCAGAUGCCACUCUCUAAACCCAAGGAAAGGACAGAAACUAAUAGAUGUGAAAGUACAAGGAUGAGCUACAGGAAAGAAUCAAGAAGGAUCAAACAAGCAGUUUGGGGUACUGAAAGACGAAAAGAGCAAUAAAAUAAGACUCUGCAGGUUUAUAAGCAGUGAUCCGUCUCAAUCCCGACUCCGUUCUCAAGGUGCAGGUCACCAGAUGCUAGCUGAGCUGGUUAAGGGGACAUAAAGUCAGCAGUGAAACCAAGAAGUUCCUUUCAUUGUUUUCCCCGGACCAAAACUGCCCCCUGAUCCCAUGUGACCCUGGAGGUUACCUGGGGUCAUUGACAGGAGCACAGAAAAGUGCUCACCAUAAGACUCAAUGAACUGAAAGCAUUCUAUGCAAUCAGACUUUUGUGUAUCUCAGAAAGAAAGUGUGAUUUCUCAAUUAUGUUAUCUGUCUACAAACUGUUACAUUUUCUAUUUUUGGUCACCAUGGGUACCUGUGGCCUGUCCCAAAUUUGCAUGCAGGCGCACACAGAUAUACGCACAUGCAGGUGUACACAUGUGUAGAAAUAACACUGUAGACAACAUAUCAGCAAAUAGGAACGUGUGGUACACUUUAGCCCACUGGGUUACAGGUGAAAACACACACACACACACACACACACACACACACACACACACGCAUGCACGCACACACACAUAGACAUAAUGCUGUUGGGAUUCCAGCAGCCAGUUAUUCAGGGCGCAAAUAUAUCCGUCCUCUCCAGAGAUGAUUGGAGAGACUGAAGACAAGAGAGAUGAAGUCAGAGGAGCCAAUGACAAGGAGGUGUAGCAAGUGAAAAGCAAGGUUAGUGUGAAGAAAAUGAUACUGAACAGAUGAGUCUGAUCGUAGACAAGGAAACAGACAAUACUGAGUAUUUACACAAGUUCUCCCAUUAUAAAGCUAUAAUGACUCCCAGUCUGAUUAUCUUUCCUAAUUGUUUAUUUUUCGUUGUGUUUUGUUCCAUAUGGAAGCAAUUUAAAAGCACUUUUGUUCUGAAGUAUUGUUUUUUUUAAAUGAGGUGUGGUUUAAAUAAUAAGCUUGGUAUCCAAACCAUUAGAGAAAGCUUCACUCAUACUGUAUCUUAAUUAUAAACAUUGCCAAAGCUUUUGUAUCAUUUAUGCAUCCUGAGAUUUUAACCACACCAGUUAAAUAAUUCAUUCAUUCUUGUACUUGCACUUUAUUCUUUAAUGGAGCUGAUAUCAAACCCCAUAUUUAACUCUCGUGUGUCAAGUCAUGCCUUUACAGCAACAUUAUAGAAACGUCCUAGUAAGUAUUAUCAAAGUAAUCAAGCUGUAGCUUGCAGUUGUUUGUACUUUUGUUUGCUCUUUGUGGUGAUGAUGUUUUUGCCUUAUUUUGUUCAACAUGCGCACUUCUUGUGUCCAGCGGGCAGAUCUCAGGGAACCCACCCUUAAAACCUGUAAGAAAGUCCAGGAAAGACAAAAAAAAAAAAACUGAUAUGUAGUAGUUAAAAUAUGUAACUAUGGUCAAUGUGACCCCUGCUCCCUCCCUUCCUUUUCUCAGCAAGGCUCUAGAAGUUGUACUACAUCGAAUUUGCCUUGGAUUUAAUUAAAAUAUAAAAUGUUAAAGUAGUAGUUAUGGGCAUCUUUUCCCCUCUGUUUUCAUACAAAACACCACGGUUAAAGAGCAUAAAGCAAACUUACAGGUGCUCUUAAAAUCCAAUUAAAAAGGGAACUUUUCUUCUUCUGUGUGUGUACAUUUCUGUAUAUAUUAGCGCUUUGUGAUGUAUAUUUUUGCUUUUCAUGAUCAGUCAUUUUUGUGCUGCAGCAACGUACACAUAGGUCGAGCACUGGUGUUGCAAACUUCAGUUUUAUGUUCCACUGGUGUAAUCGAAGUACUACAGCCAAAGCUUUUAAUCAGUUUACUCUUUAACGGCGAAUAGAAAACCCCAAACAGCACAGCAGUCAGCAGUUCCCACCUCCACCAGCGUUAUAUUCCUGCUGUGUGUAACAGCUUAGUGCCAAAGCUCACUGUUGUCUCCUGUUGUAAAAUGCAUUUUGUUUAAAGCAGCGUUAAAGAUUUGUCUAUAUGCUCGUUUGUAUUUUGCAGUUGUCGCACUUCUCAUGCUUUUGCACUUGACAAAGUCAAAUAAAGAAUUUGACAGCUGAA